AUGUCUGUCAACUCCUCGCUCUCGUCCUCCAACGGCUCUCUCAGUACCUUCAGCUGCGGCAGUCUAGUCUUUCUCUCCUACAUCCCUACUGUGAUGACCAUGACCAUCCUCCUCCCUGUCUCCAUCACCGUCCUCUACUUGGGUUUGCAGCAGUGGAGGCGUUCUGUUUCUUCGCCAUCAUCCGUGAGUGUUUCCGACUUCUUCACGUACAACCUGGCUGUCAUGGAGCUGAUCGGACUAUUUGGUUAUUUCAUGAAAAUCGCCACAUCACACAUCCGUCUUCAGGCGCUGUCAUCUGUCGCGGUCCUCGCUACAAUCUUCCCCUGGAACGGACAGAUGAUUUUCCCGAUCCUAACCAGCGUGGAUCGCUACCUGGCGGUUGUUCACCCAAUCACCUACCUGAGACAGAAACAGAGGCGUGGCGUCUGUGUCAGGAAUCUCUGCACUGUUUUUGUUUGGAUCUCAUGUUGUGCAGGAGUCGGCUUCCUGCCUUUGCUGUAUCAAAGCUACGCCCUUCUUCCCAGUGUUAUUAUGAUGGCCGUAUUCUUAUUCGCACUGAUUUUCUGCAGCGUCUCCGUUCUUCGCGUUCUGAUUCGUCCAGGGCCGGGGGAGGCUAGUGCGGACAGGGUUCAGAUCCACCAAUCAAAACGGAGGGCCUUUAAUACCAUCCUGAUCAUAUUUGGAGUGCUGCUGUUGAGGUUUGGAGGGACGAUGGUUUGCAAUUUACUGCUGGCCUCAUCUGUAGUGACUAAAGGUGAAUGGUGUUUGGUGGGUGUGUUUUCUGCACUGGUCAGUCUGCCCAGCAGUCUGGUGUUACCUCUGUUAUUUCUGCACCGAGAGGGAAAACUUCCAGGAUGUAGACGUUCGACUAAUCUGAGCUGA